AUAUCAGUGUGUGUGUGUGUGUGUGAGCGUGCGUACAUACCACAGGAUGUAUCUUUUUCCCUAAACGAUUAAAUAACAAAUGACGCGCGAUUUCCGUCAGUGGUGCAUCAGCCCUUGGGGACAAAAGACGCUCCCCUGCCUGCAAGUAUCAUCAUCGAGCGGUGAAGCUGCUGAUCGAUCAUUCCCUGUCGAGCUUCCUCAACAACAACUUACCGAGUUGAUCUGUCCCCGAAUCUACAUCACGUCACAGAACUUCCAGACAGUCGAGUGUCUCCUGAAAAGAAAAGUGAAAAUGCAAAGCUCUCUUCUGCUCGUCUUUUUCGCUCUCGCUUUGAAAGACGUUUCAGGGGACAAAGGUUCUUGCGACGCCGACGUCACUGUUGGAUCAGGGAGUCAGUUCAUAAAGGAAUUUAAACAAGAAGCAUUCCAGAUCUACUGUAAACUUCACGAAGGUUUCCAAAGCUUAGAAUUAAAAGUGGAGGGUAAAUGGAGAGUUAACAAAACCCUAAACUUCACUGCUGAAGAUUUCAGUUCUACCAAUGAUUCUAUGUGGCAAUCACUUGGUGUGAAAAUAGAUUACGAAAAUCAGUUCCCUGGUAGUGUGUCAUAUAACUGGCUCUUGACUGUUUCCGUUAACCAGAAAAUCAUUAAAAAACCGAGAUACUACAUCGACUGGGGAUACGUCUUUGAAGAUUUCAAGUCAGUCAGGGUGACCGCCUAUGGCCGAUCAGACUGGAGGUUCACUGAACCAGGUGGAAACUGCACUUUCCCAAAACCUGCUGGAAGCCCCUCUGAAGGGAACAGCACGGUGACUCCUGAGCCCCAACUGACUGCAAGCACAGUGUGGAUACUUGUGAGUGUGCUUGGUGUUACCGUCAUAUUGGCCGCUCUUGGAAUCGCCAUCCUUGUCUACAGGAUCAAGCACCCAAAAACUUGCGUCCGCCCUCGAGUGAACGAGGAAGACGAGGACGACCUUCAUUACGAAGUCCGCUAUGCGAACGUAGGGAACACAUCGGUCCCCAGGCCUGGAUCCGCCCACGACAGCGAAAACAGCCUGUAUGGCGUCGUGUAACGGACCGUCUCUGGGACUAUGACACUCUCUUCUCUGGAUUGGUGAGUGUUGUCAUCAGUAUACCCUACGACGCUUCCUAUGAUUCACCCUCAGUCUCUCGUGUCAAGUCGUGAGGUACAGGUCACGACUCACGAAGUCAAAGCGUCGAUAUUAAGGCAACAAUAUUCGUCGGUUAUUGAUCACGCGAUUAUUUAUCGAGCUCUGGUGAAACUUCACAUCUCUAGAGACUCAUUUCAGGGUUUUGUUUCUCUAAGUAGAAAUCAAAAUUUGUCUUUGUGAAAGGGUGAUUAUUAUAAAGGCUUUUAGCGUAACCAUGGGCAGUGUGUACUUUACGUGGGCAUUUCUGCAAUAUCUGGCAAUUCUAGCAACGGCAGGCGACGGAAGUGCAAAGUUCCCGGGAGGGAAUGGAUUGAACAAAGCUCCUUCAGUCACCAGUCAUAGUUUCAAAGUGUACAACGGGUCCAGUAAGGACGAACCGAUUUUUCCAUCGAGCAAAACUACGUACGGAAAUACGAGCGGUGAUAACAUUUCAGCGAGUGAAGAUGACUUCUUGAGCUUUAAGCUGAAAAGAAGCAGCGGCGAUGCCCCGUGUCAUUCCAAAGUCGAAGGAAACGACACCCAAACCGUGGGGAGCUUCGAGGGGGCCAGCGCCUCGCUGUACUUCAAAGCCAGCGAACAUUUCCAGCGCAUGGAGGUCAACCUCCGCCUGAGAGGAUAUCUGCGCCUUUCCCGGGUUCAAAUUUUGAACGAGAGGUUCUCCAUAGAGGACCUGGGCGUCGCGGACGACCUGGAUCGAUGGCACAUGCUCCACGUGGGCGUCUACGCCGAGGGGAGCGAGUUCCUCGGCAGCGAAUGGAAGAUCUUCGUCUUCAACGACGCCGACAGCGCCGUGUCCUCGAAGGCCGCCUGCCUCCGGCGCCCCACGGACGAGGUCGUCGGUCUGGACAUCGCGGCUUCUGGCCCGUCGGAGUGGCGCUGCGACAAACCCGCGGGCUUUACGAAUCCUUCUCCGAGAACUUCUCGUUCGAGGGCGUCCGGUCGUCAUCAUCCUUCCGUUGUCGCCUUCGCUGUCGGACUCCUGGCUCUGCUGGGCUUGCUGACCUCCGUCGUCUUCCUGCUGAGGUUUUUGCUGAAGAAGAAGAAGAUGAUGAAGAGAAGGAGAGAGGACAGAGCAGUCCUUCACCAGAGGGACAUUGAGACAGAACAGCGGAGGACGAACGAGGGGAUCUCAAACGACGCCGCGAGACCCGUCUCCUCCCACAGCAGUGAAAAUAGUCUCUACGGGGUUGUCAUAGCAACAGAUACGAAUGAAUGAAACUCGCGGGAGCGAGCGAGCGAGGUGAACCGGGGAAACAGUUCGGUAUUGCAAGGAACCCAAAAUUUUUCCCAAGAAAAUGGAUUUUCAAGAAAUAUGCUUUUAGAAAGUAGCUCAGGAAGAGAUGGGUUUUUAGUGUAAAUAAUUUAUUGAAAUGUUUUCAAUGUAAAUAAUCUGAGAAAAUGGGUUUUCAUUAUAAAAAUUCUGAAAAAAUGGGUUUUCAAGAUAUGUUUUUAGAAAAUAGCUCUCGAAGAAAUGGGUUUUCCGUGUAAAUAUUUUAAGAAAAUGUUUUUUCGAUAUAAAUAUUCUUAGAAAAUGGGUUUUCAAGAAACAUGUGCUUAGAAGGUAGCUCUCCAAGAGAUGUGUUUUCAAUAUAAAUAUUUUGAGAAAAUGGUUUUCAAGAAAAAUGUUUUUAGAAAGUAGCUCUCCAAGAGAUUGGUUUGCAAUGUAAAUAUUUUGAGAAAAUGGGUUUUCAUUAUAAAUAUUUUGAGAAAAUGUGUUUUCAUUAUAAACAUUUUGAGAAAAUGGGUUCUCAAGAAAUAUGUUUUUGAAAGUAGUUCUCAAAGAGAUGGGUUUUCAGUGUAAAUAUUUUGAGAAAAUGAGGUUUCAAGAAAUAUGUUUAAUUUGAAAAAGGUUACACAACAACGAUGCACAAUUCACUGUUUAAUAGUCUUAGAUGCAGGGUUAUAAAGUUCACUACUUAAUAGUUGUAGAUGCAGGGUUGCCAAAUUCACUAUUUAAUAGUCUUAGAUGAAGGUUUACAAAGUUCACUACUUAAUAGUCUUUGAUGCAGGGUUACAAAGUUCACUACUUAAUAGUUUUAGAUGCAGGGUUACCAAAUUCAUUAUUUAAUAGUUUUAGAUGAAUGGUUACCAAAUUCAAUAUUUAAUAGUUUUAUAUGUAGGGUUACCAAAUUCACUACCUAGUAGUCUUAGAUGUAGGGUUACAAAGUUCACGAUUUAUUAUUUUUAGAUGCAGGGUUGCAAAUGCCGUGGUUUAUGGUGAAUAAUGUUUUGGCCAUUGCUGAGCUUUUGUGUACACAAUUAUGAAGUGCUUUUGGUUUCAUACGAGAUCAAAUCUAUUAUUGUUAAAACUUGUUCAAAAUUCUUUAUUUUUAUAUGAAGUUGUUCGUGUGCCCCCUUUGUAUAUUGAAUGGUAUCAAUGGUCUCGAAUGAAUAAUCCAUUAUCAUGAUUAUUAUUUUUAAUAUUAUUGCCUAGGAAGUGCUAGUUAGCGUUUUACUGUGAUCAGAAUGUGACUCUAAUUUCCUAGCACCAUUUACAGUCUCAUUCUUUACUGUAAACUGUGCAUUGUGUUCAUCUCCUUACCUUGAGUUUUCAAUGUCUAUGAACUAGACAAAUUUUCCGUUAUAGUCAUUAUGCGUUCCUGUGUAUAGCCUCGGGUAUCAUUGUCCUCGAACAUAUGUAUGUAGUAUUUAUUUAUUUGGAGUUGUCAUGUUGAACUGCGUAUGGCCAGUGACUUGAAAGCUUUCAGAUCUGCUAUAUCUAUUAUCUGUUUUUAUUUAACUUUCAAUUACUGGAUAUUUGCCUUUAUGCUGUGUCGUAGACAUUGUGCCUCUGUCUACAAUAUACUAUAAGAAACCCUUGAGCCAAAGCCUUAUAAACGAUAGCUUAAGGUCCAUUAGAAGGGAAGGCUUGAAUGUAUACAAUAUAGUAUGCUUUAAAAUCAUUCUGGUGUAGGUUCAUAAUAUAGAUUCACAUCAACCGUGCAUCUGAUUAGCUGUAGAUAAGCCAAUCACAGGGCUAGAAACUCUCAGUCUCUCGAGUGUUCACAUAGGGAGGAUGUAGUAGGUUCCACCUCUUCUGAGGGAUACGUCUUUCAAAAGUAUCCCUCAGGAGAGGUGGAACAUACAUCCUGCUCAUGUGAACUCUCUCGAGAGAGACUGAGAGUUUCCAGCCCAGUAACUGGCUUAUCAACAGCCAAUCAGGAGCGUCGUAAGGGACUGGCGUAGACAUCAGAUGCACCGGGGAUGUGAAUCUACUAUAGUUCCGAAAUCUUUGCUUGCAAAGUAUCGUAGGAGUGCUAUUUCAACUGAAACAGGGUCACCUUUAAUUCAUAUUAUUAUUUUUCCAUAUGCAUCAAAUAUGGCUUGUUGUGAAUUGUGUUUACUUAUACUCGUUCUCUAGCUCAUUUACAAAUUUAGAAAGAGAUUUAAUUUGCAACAUUUUUACAGAUUAUUGACCAUCGUUUAAUUUUUUCUCCAUAGUUGUUCCAUUUCAACCAUUAUAUUUAGUAUUCAUUAAGAUUGAAUUGCUCGAGUGACUCCAGAGAAACCUCCUGGAAGAGAUAUUCUGAGCUAAUUUUAGAAAUUAGCAAUUCAUGAAUCUGUAAAUGAAUUUUUACAAGAAACUAAAAAAAAAAACUUUAUAAAUAAAAUAAAAUUAAAUAAACCAACUGUUCCGAAAAAAUUUUUUUUUUCAUGUACAUUUCCUGGGGACUCAUGAAUGAAAAUCACGCUGCUCAUUUUUGGGUGUCAUUAAAAGAAAAUCACGUCUCUUUAACCUAAAUGACAAUAAUCGUGAUUGAGUUUCGUUAAUCAGCUAUAUUAAAUCAUCAACUAUGGCCAGCAGUUCUCCAGUUGCUCACCAGAUGCGGUAAAGUGCGGGUGCGUCCCAUGGCUCCGGAAAGCGCUGCCAGAUGCACAGUCCAUGAUUAACUGUAAUCUUAAAUAAAAUAAAAACUACUGAGGCUAGAGGGUUGCAAUUUGGUAUGUUUGAUAAUUGGAGGAUAGAAGAUCGAAUAACAUUUUGCAGUCCUCUAUCCUCGAAAGUUUUUCAGAUCUGAGGGCGGACGGACGAACAGAUAAAGCUGCCACAAUAGUUUCAUUUUACAGGAAGCUAAAAUCAUAUCACCCAGGCAUCUGGUGUCAUUAUCAGAGACAGAACAUUAUUUGGAAACUCGUAGCAAACAGUGAAACGAAUUUCAUUGGUGCUGUGACGUUUCGUAACGUAACAAAGCACUUUUGUAAAGUCUUCUGUUAUACCAAGGCACGCCUUCAAAUCAACUGGAUGAGUGCCAAUCCUUUCAGUCAUUUCAAAACAGGAAUAAAGGUCAUUCAUU